AUGAUGUUUAAUCCGAAUAGCAAGUGUUCAAUUGAAGGAGAUUCGUGUGAGAUUAUCGAAGAUUUUCGUCAUCGUCUUCAAGCGAACGUUACUUCGAAAUCAUUUUCCGUUUAUGAAUUUCUUAAGGACAUUUGCUGGCAUUUUCAAUACCAAGAAUCAACAAUGAAAAUUGUUCUUUUCACAAGAUACGAUCGCAACUUGAACUACAACCUCUUUCACAAUGAAAGCUACAAAGCGUUGGCGAAUCAAUGGCAAAACUUUGUGGGAGUUUUUCUCACUGAUGGGGAAAAUGUUGUUUUAAAUAAAAACGUAAAUCUUCUUUCAAAUGAGCUUUACACUAAACCGAAAAUGUUGUGCGUGAAUGGAGGAUUGGAUUUGAAUGAAAAUCGGAUUCAAAAUGUCGCCAAUGCACUCGUCGAAGCGGUGGCGAUAAAAACGAUCUUUCACUUUCAAUGCUCUGUUGAUGUCACCACAAUAAGUCCACCAACAACAACUACAACAAUAACACUGACAACACCCACUCACACAAACACAACGCUGCCAACUCGUUCAACUACAACAAGUGGAUCGAAUUCGACAAUGACACCAACUUCAACAACUCAAACUGGAUCAACUACAACAACUAUUGAGAAGACCUCUCAUUCAACGACGACAACAACUACAUCGUCUGCUACACUGACGUCGAGUACUGGCAGUACAACCACAACAACGAUUCAGGGUAGUACAACUACUACUGCCACUACUACAACAACGACGACGCCAUCAUCGACGACAAGUCUCCCAAAUCCUCAACGUGAAUCGCAAUGCCCAUGCAAUCGCCUAACAGCUUACAACGAUAUCGUUUUAAUAAUAGAAAGCACUGAUGAUGUGAAGAAGGAGAACUUUGACAAGUGGGUAUCGUUUGGCAAAGAAACACUGGCCGAGAUGUCGAUCGGUCUUGAUGCGGAAAACGAGCAACAACUCGGUGUGCUUACCUAUGAUGGACAGGUGCACGAGGUUGCCGGUUUAAAAAGCUAUAGAAGUAAAACGGAAAUGUUGAAAGCCGAUUGGGCGUUUAGUGGUGGAAGUGGAAGCAAUCUGGCAGGUGCAAUCGAUAAAGGAGAGGACUAUUUAUCCACCUCUUCACCAGAUCAACGACCAACUUCGCGAAAAGUGAUGCUCAUCUUUGCCUCCACCUAUUACCAAGAUCCAAAUGAACUCGAUUCACCAAUCGAUUCCGCACGAAAUUUCAAAGAAAACGAUGGGAUCAUUAUUGUAGUUGGCUUUGGUGGUUUACACGGUGAAGUGAACGCGACACUUCGUCAAGUGGCAAGUGCUGGAUAUUUUCUGCAAAUUGCUGCACUAGGGGCAAAUGAGGAUGACGAUGCAGUGGCAAAGGAAACAAUAAUCCAAUUGUUAUGCGCAGCGAAUUGUUUCUGCCCUGGGGACUUCGAUGACAAUACAAACAAAUUCGUUGGAGCGUCGUUUAGUCCACUUGGGAUACCAAAUGGUGGAUGUUUCUGGGAUGGAAAGCUGGACACAAUUUAUGGAAUAAACAAUCGCACUUGUACUACAAUGUCAAUCACUUCGAAUGCAAUUACAGCAAUGCCAAAGUACAAUGAUCAACAAAAAGCAGUGAUCACUCGUCAAAUGAACAGCAGAUUCUGGAUGGGACUUCGCUUUAAUUUGAAAGGAGAUAAUUUAUGGAGAUGGGAGGACGGGAGUCUUUUGGAUUCAACAAUUUCUCCAUCUUUAUCAAUUCCCGAUGAUGACAAGACGUGUGCUGUACUUCGAUAUGAUCAAUAUCAAGAUAAAACCUAUUUCGAAGGAUUUGAUUGCAAUGAUGGUGCUCGUUUUUCAUGCCAAGCUCCACCAUGUUCUACCGAGAAUUUUUGCUCAUCAAGAAACGAAAAAUCUUCACUU